AUGGCCGACGAAGAGACACAGGGCAAAUCUUGUUUAGUCCAUUUAAAAGGCGUUAAGGAAAAGAUAAAUACUUUUACUGAGCAAACUUUCACUAAAUUUAAAAACUGUCGACUUCAGUGGCUGCAAUUACCAGGUACAUCGUCAGAAAUAGCUCACGAGAGUCUGAAAAUAUGUGCGAAUGAAGAACUAGAUUUUUCUAAGUACUAUUUCCAUAAGUACUGUUACCGCCAAUUUACCGACGUAACAAAGAUAAGAAGGGCAGAAUCUAAGCAGCAAAAGCUCCUAGCUGUAGAGCAGUCGGAAAUAAAUCAGUGUGAAGUUGCUACCGCCUCGAUUAAUCCAAGAAAGCGUACACGUUCUGCCAUAAUAUCACCGUUAGUCGAAAUUCCUGCGAGAAAUAAUGAGGUUCUUCCAAAUGUAUGUAUUAUAUGCAAGAAAGAAAAGAUAUAUGUAAAAGAUAAGGUAAGCAUUUGGUAGUAUAGAAAUUAUAGUUAAAUUUGCCAUCCUAUUUAUUUAUAUUACAUAGCACUUUAUAAAAAUUGUAUAUGAAUGAUAUAUACUAUAAUUAUUACCUUGCAAUAUAUUAAAGGUAAUCUACAGUCCGGUCUGCGCAUGUGCUGGAUUUUGUUUACAUUUCAAUGUUUUGUUUACAUUUUCACAAAAUAUUACACCAAGUAUUACCUCUUUGGCGCACGCAUUGAUGAUUGACAAAAUGGCGGAUGAGCACAGCGUGACACUCGAUGAUGUGGAAAGCAUUGAACUGGAACGCCUAGCAAGUGUCCCAAAUUUGGACAACUGUACAAAAUAUGCAGUUGUACGGAUUUGUGUCUAAAAAUGCGGGGUAGAAAUGCGUGUCCCUGCAGAAGUGUGCAGCUGUUUUGCACUCGUGUUUGCCACAAAGAUCGGGAGACGGAGUGCAUGAAUAUUAGAAGAGUGGUCGGCGAUACUGAUUCCGAUGAAACAACGGUAAGAAUUGACACAUGAGCAUAUGCAGCCCACUAAACGGCUGAAUUUAAAUUAAAACUGCAGUGAAAUUAUCGAAAAUAAUCACAAAUUUAGCGAAAUAUAUUGCGAAAUGUAGCUUAUAUUAUUGUAAAAUUCCUCAAAAUAUAACUCUCGCAUAAAAAACAACAUGAAUACUUCUAUAAUAUGUAUAGUUUUUUUCUCUGCAUUGUCAAAAAUUAAUAAAAUAGUGAAUUAAUAUAAUUUUAUAUGGUUAGUAGACUUAAGGUUAUUCCACAUGAUGGAAACCCAUUUCACCAAAAUGCUCACCGCGCGCUCAAUUUUCAAGUUUUCCCCUUCAAAUUUUGCAUGCAUAAUGAUAAAUCAUUGCUGUAGCUAACGAUUUGCCAAAAAUUCUACACCUUUAAAAACUGUACUUGCUACGGGUUGCUUUUGAAAAUAUGACGGCCUUUGCGCCACGAGAUUAGAACGCUUCUGAUUUACCUCAAAGGCUUCCGAAACAUAAUAUUUCCCAUCUCAAAUGAUCAAAGAACAAAACCGUGUUCGCGUUUUUUGACAGGUAUUAUAUUUGCUUUGAUAUAAAGCAGAGAAGUUGACUCAUCUAAAUUUUGGGAGAAUGGCAGAAUAGAUGCCUAUAACUUGAAAAGUAUGGCACUAAAUAAAAAACGCGAACACGGUUUUGCUGCUGUAAUAUUGUUCAACAUUGUGGCAAAGUGUGGAGGGAAUCGGAUAAAACGUGCGCGUUUCUAAACAAUUUUUGUGGGGACAAUCUGAGAAUAUUUCAAUCUCCGUAAAAGACGACAUUAGGUUUGGCGGGGUUUUUCCGCUCUCUGUUAUCACCUCGGACUGUAAUCGGAUUAAAAUUAGUAAAGUGUGUUUUAGCAAGUGUUUUCGGUGUCAUUCAUUCAUCAUCAGUUUAUCACAAACCGUACAUGCGAGAAACCACGCGAAAAAACUUGCUAAUAUGCCGGCGAAACGCAAAUGUAAAAAAGGGAUAGCUAUACAGACCGAUCUAAAUUGGCCAAACGAAAAUACAGUUGAAGAUCUGUCGUGCACCACGAAGACACGAGCGAGGUUGAAGGUCACACAUCCGGUAUCGAGUAUCACAUCAAGCCACAUAUUGUCAAUUACAAUUACAACUUUCGCGGCAAAGGAAUCAGUGGUUAUAACAUAUUUUGUUAUAUUUCGGACGCAUUUUAAUAUUUUUGAAAAAAACUUCCGGCAAUCGAUAGAUCUCCUGUCCGUGAAUAUAAAUCAAUAAAAAUGUAAAAAAUGAUGAAAUCAGUGUUUUCAUCAUAUAAUGUAACCUUAAAGCCGGGUUACAGUCCGUUCUGCGCAUCGGUUCUGCUCAUAACAAAGGUAGACUACUGGAUUUCAAAAUUGUGCAAAUUUCGCAUGUUUUGUAUAUUUCUGAACAUAAACACUAGCUCAUACUUAUUUAAAAGUAUAGCGAACCAAAAUAGUGUUAAAUUUUCUGACAGUUCAUAAUAUUUUAAGAAAUAUAGCAGUUCAAAAUGUAAACAAAGCGUUUGUUUACAUUACGGACUGUAACCCGGCUUUAAGCGAGCUGAUUCAUUGUAAGUUGAUACUACAGAUUUAUAAGGCCAGUAAUGUUUAUGCAAAGGCCAGUAUAAAUGCUUAUAACGAAUUGCAUUUCAUAAAGCGUAAAGCUUAGUUUCCAUUUGGUCGUUAGUUGUCGCUGGCACCGGACAAGCAGUAGAUGUGAAAUAGUCAAAUAUAAUAAUAGUCGUUUUGUGGGUUAGAUGCAAAUCAGUCUUAGUGAUUGCAAAGUUUUGUAAAGUUUUGUUGACACUCUAUUACAUCAGCCCACUUGUCAUGCCAGCGACAACUAACGACCAAAUUGAAACUAUGCUUAAUUUAACUGCUAGUCAAAACAGACUAACAACCAGCUCACAACUGCAGAUUAUAGUGCAGACGCUUUGCCUUUGUUUAUGUAUUGCUGUCAGGCAAACUCCGAUUAUACAAACAAUUAUGUUCGUCAUCAAGAUAAUGUCGUAUAAUUAUAAAAUACAUUUCCGUUGCUGAAUCAAGACAAAAUUUGGUAAUCGGGCUUAGAAAUUAGGAAAUCAUCUUGAAAGCAAUUAGAAAUCAGAUGAUUUCGUCACAAAAAUCACAAUGAUACUGGCGAAAGGCUUAAAUAGUGCCUAGGCUUAAUUAUUGGGACUGUGGGAACGAUUGUGUCCCUUCUGACUUCUGUGUUUUCCUAACGACAUUUCGCAGUUCUCACAAUAUUCCGAUUUCAAAAUGCUUCAGAGUUUGAUUCAAUGCAUUCACAAAUACCAACACUAGCUGCUGUAGUUCAAGACAUCUUCAGGAAGUCUCGAACUCAGUGUUGCAAUCGUGAAUCAGCGGAUAUCACGAGUUCAUGGCGCUGACCCCGCUCGGUCAUGAAACGAGACGCGUUUCAGAACAUUUUUUCCCUCAUCAUAUGACGGACAAAACGCCUUUAACGAAUUCGUAGUCAACAGACAAAUUCAAAUACGACGCAUUUAUGUCCUAUUUUUUCGUUUUAUUUUCUUUGUAUGAAUUGAAUUCCACAGUGUGUCGUAUGAAUAAUAAAUCGAAUGGCCAAACCCCUCCCCCUUCUAAAAUACCCGCAAAAUAGAUGAACUUCAAAGCUUUCAUUAAAUACAAAACGAAACUGAUUGCUCUGCUUAGACCAAAAAUCCAAAAUACAUGAAAGUAACUUGGGCUUAAUCUGUUACUCAACUCGUGCCGCAUCGACAAGAAUGAAAUCUUGCGAGCAUCGAGACGAGUACUGGUUUAGGUAAAACGCUUCCUAACCAAGAAAUGUGAUAAAUAUGAAUAUCUAAAAAAUACUUGAUGAGUGGACACGGUUCAGUGACAAUGGCCACGACGACCACUACGGUUUCUGCCGAAUUAAUAAAGUUUGUUUAUCUUAUGCAUAGUUUACCUUCAUACAGUGUAAAAGAGAAUACAUCAUUGGCCGCCACUAGUCACGCCCAUUUUAUAAAGUCACAUUUUCUCGAUCUCGAUUAACCUUCAGAAAACGUUGAGAUGCAUCAAAGACGAUGUUUCUUGGUAUUCUUUACCUGUUCUUAGUACAUUCUGGGCAAAUUGUUCCGAUGAGGUCUUUUUCCCGUAUAGGGAAUUCCCCUAAAAUUAUUUGAGUGUGCAAACUGAAAUCUGCUAUUAAAUUACGUUUUUAGACUGCUAAUUUUAGCAGAUUUCUCGUUUUGGCUAUUUUACUGUAUGUAGGUUAGCAAACGAACGUGUGAGAAUCACUGAAAAACUAAGAACCUUCUCACUGAGUGUUAAAAAAAAUAUGAUAGGGGUAAAUCUUCCGACAAGGGAAAAUUCCCGUAUAGGGAAUUCCCCUAUCUAAACACCGGCGACCGACUACCAUAUAUGGCAGUAAAAAACUGAAUAUUUCGCAGUCAAAACUAAUAUUAAAUUCAACACUGAAUGUUAUGAUUUUUGAGUUGAUUGCUAGAUUUCUAGUCCGUAUCACACAGCCACAGAGUCUUUUUUGAUUUUAGGUAGAUGAAAAUGAAGCUGCACCCCAGGUAUGCAAAAUUUAAUAUUUCUGUGUUUUGAGCUGGACGUAUCGUGGUUUGUGCUAUCAUCUUGUAUUAUUAAAGUACAGCAAACCGAAUAUUGUAGCAAUAUCAACGUCAAAAAAUUUAUUCUUGUGUAAUAAUAGCAACCUUAAGCUGUUAAGCAGGCCGGACGGGAACACGACGGCGAUGGACCCGUUCAACCAAAUGUAUUCUAGAAGAUAACUUAUGUUAUAUUAUCCAUCGUAUGCAAAAUAGUACAUACAAUAUUGAGGCUAGUACAUGAUUAAUGUUGAGAAAAGUUCUAGGACCCAAAUGAAAGUAGCAGUUGAAAUGUAAGCGUUGUGCACAAGACGUAAUAAUCUGUAUUUUACCGUUACAAAGAGCGAGGAUGAUAUGACCACGCAUGGACCACGACGUCUAAAACUUGGCCCCAUGGGCAUGGGAUUUUAAUUGUUCGUCUGAUGCUCAUUUAAUAUGAUAGGUCUGUUAAUGUUUUUAAUAACAAUAGACAAUAGUUCUUUACAAUUUUCAAAGUGUAAAAUUUAAGGCUGUUUCUUGUCGGCUCCCUGUACUAGAUUAAGCGUCCCUGCACUAAUAUAUCCUAUAUAAGCAGUAAAUAUGAGGCGUAGAAGCCGCAUAACGCACUGAAUGCCAAACCAUAUAUAAUAAACUGGUUUCGAAUCUUUCAAAAUGUUUACAUCCUGCUGGCUUGUGGCACUCGUAUUGCGUAAAUCCCAAUCGCUUGUUUUCAAUAAAAAUAUUGCGUGAUUUUGCUGUUUGCAAGCGAUUUGCCUAAUGCUGAUUGUGAUAAUAAUGUACACAUCUUAGUUGAAAAUUGAGUGUGUAAUCUUUGUCAACAUGUUUGUGUGGUGGUUUUAAGUUGCUAGUUAUCUUAUUUCGUUAUUGCGACAUUGCAUUGAUCUUUGAUUUGCUGUGUUAAUUAAUAUAUAGCCUACUCAGUUUUAUUUGAAGAUUAUUUCAAGUAUAAAGUGUUAAAUAUGUUGGAAAAUGUUUAAAAUGUCUUCGCUAUAGCCAUAGUUACAUAAAACCAUAUGCUAAAACUGACGUGGCAUUCGUGAGAGAAAUUUGGGUUGGCAAUAAAAACCCGGAGCGUGGAACGCUGGAACGCCGAAGUGGAAAACGGCCAAUGCUGGAAAAGAAAAUUAACUUUACCUUUACAAUAAAAUUAGCAGAAUUUUUACUAAAUAUUUAUAAUAUUAUGCUUUCGAAUUCUAAACCAACACUUUGUGUUGAGUGGCGUUCCAGAUUUUCUUUGGUGUUUUUUUAGUGUUCCGGGUUUUCCAUUCUGGCGUUCCGGGUUUUAGUGCUAACCACAAGUUUGGGAAUUAUUCAUCUCAAAUAUUUACAAACUUUAGCCUUUAUUUUUUAGUUAUUCUAUCAUUUUUGACAUUCUUUAUUCCAUUCAGGUAUAAGGUAGUUGAUACAGUUGGACAUUAUGCUAUUAUAAAUAUUCUAUAACGCCAAAGAAUAGCCAAAUUGUGACAAUUUCACAUCGCAAUUUGCGCGGAAAAUAUUUCUUUUAUUUGGAUAAUAACAAAGUAUGACCAAUCAAGCGUUUUUGUACUUUCAACUUAGAGAUAAGAGAGAUUACAUUAUUCAGCUUAAAAACUCCCCAUUGGGGCUUUUUAGUGACCGAUUACAUCAAGUAUUGUACGCUUACUUAUGCUACUUAACCUAGACUAUUUAUCUUUACAACAAUUGUGAUAUUACUUUUGUAUAUAACUAUGUUUAUCCUAACCCACCCUGUCAACUUUCCCUGUGGGAGGAAACCGGAAGCACCCGGAGAAAACCCACGACUUUCGGCAGAGCGUUGACUGACUCUUUUCACAUGAGUCCGUAGCGAGAAUCGAACCCACGAUCUCAGAGGUGAAAGGCACUUGCUCCGACGACUGCGCCACCGAAGCCCCAAUAUUACUGGCUACAAAGUACAAAUGAUUGUUAUUCAAUCAACACAUUUGAUUUUUAGGGUGCAUGACUGGGUUAACAAUGAAAUAUUCGAAUAUCUGACGAAAUGGCCGUCUUUCCAUCCAUGAUAACAUUCAGGGAAAGUUAUUUACCAUCACAAUGUCGUUUCCUCGAACGAAAAAUAUCAAUUUGCCCGUUUGUGCCACAAAGAUGAGCGAUGCAUAUCAGAAAAGGUACCAAACAUCGACAUUCAACAAAAUUGUACAAAUUAUAAAUGGUUUAUUUAAUGGCUAUGGAGGUAAACUGACGCUCCUUUUUGAUACUCAUCUUUCUGCUGAAGAACAUAUAAAGGAGUCAAUCAGAAAGAUCGAGCAAAAAAUAUGUGAUUUUACAGGAGUAGUGACGCUUGCGUAUUGCCUUACUAUCGACUGUCCAACAUUGGCAUCAAUGGAGAUUACUGUUGCCGAGUCUAACACUAACUCCAUCUAUACAUUAUAUUACAAUUUAUUUCUGCCAACCAAUCAACAAGUCAUCGAAAUAUCACCAAAGGAUCCAGUUGAGAAAGUCAGGGACAUCUUAUACAUGAAUGUUCUUUCCCCAGAAGCUGUUAAACCGGGUUCUCAUGUUAAAGAAUUCACACUGGGUACAGCAGUUGGUUUUCGUGAAUCCAAAACAGUUCAGUUCAAACAAUUAUUGGCUCAGCGAACAAAUAACACCAGUCUCGCUAAACGUUUGAUUAAACAAAAUAAAUUUCUAAAUUAUGUCUCCGCAUUCGCAAAUCACAGCGGUGGUCAUAUUUAUGUUGGCAUACGUGACGACGGUACGGUCCAAGGAGAAAAGAUAACUCCCCAAGACCAAACGGAGCUAAAGAAGGAGAUGAGUAAAGCAAUCGGAAGUAUGAUAUGGCCUGACAACCACCAUACGCAAGGUGGAGAAGAGAAGCGAUGGCAAAUCGAUUUUGAAGCAGUAAAAAGUACCAACGGAGAAAUAGUUUCAUCAACCUUUGUGAUCGUCAUUUAUGUCGCUCAAUGCCCCGGUGGUGUGUUCACGAAGCAGCCCGAAUCUUAUUUGAUUAAAGAAAAUGAGGCAAAAAUGAUUGAUUUUCCUACUUGGAAAAAAUUUAUUAUGGAAGGCUUGGAAAGAGAUAAAGGUAACUAAAAAUUUCAAUAGAAUUCUAAUCACGUAUUCGAAUCGGGACUAUAAAAUAUGAUGCCUGUAAAUUUUACUGCAAUUGCCGUUUGUAUAAAAAAGUAGUCUAUGUUUAUCAAGGUUUAUGGGUAUUGUCGAUGGAAAUUAUUGAGUGGAAAUGUAUAUACAUUCCAGGUGAUCUCGUGUUCGUAUUUUAGCCAAUCAGCGCUCAGAAAGGGUUGUCCGGAUAGAAAUCCAUUUUGAUGUAUUCAGUCAAUUAUAUCUUUCGUUAUUCUUUAUGAAACUAGUUGAAAUUUUGUAAUUAUGUUUGCUUAUGAGAACUAUAGCUCUGACAAAAAUAUGGAAUCGAAAUAAAGUAUAUUACAGGAGAUAUUCACUUGUUUUAAUCAUAAAAUGGAUUUCUAUUUGACAACUAGUGCCAGUACUUUUCCGCGUAUCAAGAUCAUCUGGUUUAUUAGACCUAACCAGGAACAGCUGCGAAAAAUGCAACUUUAGGUCCCUGGCAGGAAACGAACCUGAGGUCCUGUGAUUUCGGUGCAGCGUUCUAACCAACUGAGCUACAGAGCCAGUUGUCGAGCUCUAACCACAAGUUCAUUUAUAUAUACUAGGGUGCUGCCAUGUGUAGGUCAGUAUGGGUAAAUAUCAAGAUUUUGAUAUUUGUUGUGUUACUCUGAGUGUAUAUCCACAGCGGGCGAGCUUGAAAAAUAUGCCUGGCCACGGUGGGAAGCUCGCCCGCUGUGGAUAUACACUCAGAGUAACACAACAAAUAUCAUAUUCACCUGAGUACACUACACCAACACAGAAAAAAAUAUCAAGAUUUUGUUGGCAUCUCACUCGAAACCACUGAUCAGUAGUGCUCGGUCGCAGGAACAGCUGCGAAAAAUACAACUUUAGGUCCAAUAAAUGUUGUGUAUGGUUAGGUCUAAUAUAUGUAUAUAUUCAAUCGAAUGAGAUGCCAACAAAAUCUCGAUAUGAAGAUUUAUUGGGUGUACCCUCCCCCCUUUUAAGGUAAAUUUAGGGUGACUGCAUGGAGUUCAUUUUCAGGUAAAUUAUGAGAGCAUUGAGGCAAACGUGGAAGUUAAGAGUGAACGCACGCUAAAAAUGCCAAGGUUUAGUUGCAUUUUCUGGCUUUCCUGAGUAUUGGGUCUAAAUAUUCAAAAUUCUCUUGGGGGGAAAUACCCCUGAACUCCCCUAGUAGUUUAGGCACACAAUUUUUGUGUUGUUCUGUUUGCAUGAAUUUCACCCUGAAAUCGCAGGAAAUGCAGGCCAUUCCGGACUUCUAAAGUUCAAAAAUAUUCGGGGCAGUAUGCAUGCCUAAAGCCGGUUUUCCACUAGGCGCAAUUUUGCGCGCAGAGCGGAAUUUUUCUUUGUUAUUUCUCAUUAGUUCCACCCGAGAAAUCACAAGACAAAGAAACAUUCCGCUCCGCGCGCAAAAUUCCGCCUAGUGGAAAACAGUUCAAAUUUCCUCGGCCUCGCCGUCCUCGUGAAAUAACAUUGAAUUUCAAAAAACUGCUCACUAGUUCAGUUAAGGUGGCUCCCUAGGGUUUUUUAAUUUACUACACUAUAGUAUUCAGGAGACUCCUGUUUCUUCACUUUACAUGACAUGAAGACGAAAUUUAUUGGACACAUUGUCAAUGUUCUCCUGAACAUUACAAAUUGCAACUUUUGUGUUAAAAAUCUGUUGUCAUGGCAACAGCAUACUUAGAAUAAAGCUCAAAAUUUGUCUUUUUCAGGUCAUUUUAAUUAAAAAUUCCCUUCGGUGCAAUUUUUUAAAACUUUGCAUAAAAGGUAAUACUUGUAUAGUGAUUUUUUCUCCUCAAUUUAAAAAAAUUAAAUCGAAUACGUUUCUUAGAAAAUUUUAAAAAGCGUGAAAAACAAUAUUAAAAAUUUUCCCUUAGAUUUAAUUUUAAGAAAAAAGGAUAUUGCACUUGUUGUGCCGAUAUUAAAAAAUGUACAAAGUUUUAAAAAUUUCACCGAAGGAAAACGGAGAAAUUUGGGUUUAAUUUUGGCAAUUUUUACUAGAUUUUGACGCGAACAAUUUAAUACCACAACUGACGUGCACAUGCAUUUUCAAUAAAACAAGGCAUGACUUUUUUGAAAUUACAAAAUAUAAAUUAUGUUUGAUAUACUGUUUAUAACUGUGUCGGUUAAUGGUCAACUAAGCGUGGAUUAUACAUGUAAAAUUGGCAAAGAUAUUUAGGUAAUUACUGGUUAUUACUUCUUGGUAUUAAUUUGAAAAAUGUUUGUCAAAAUUCGUCCCGUGCGAGUUAGUACUAUCGUCGGAUGUUUUCGCAAAAUGCCCCUUCAAAUUUCAAUUUUUAUGGUGGUAUGUUUGGAGUUUCGGCCCUGCUCUUUUCACCCGUAGAGGGCUCAUUAUUUAAGUCAUCUUUAUUGUCAUAAGGAAUCAUCUUAUACAGGUUCGAGAAUUUAUGAAGGAUAGGAACUAUGAUAUUUUAGCCUUGUCAGAGUCGUGGUUAAACUCCACGGUGACAAACGCUGAAGUAGAAAUCGAGGGCUUUAAACUAACAAGAUUGGACCGUUUGGGAAAGACUGGAGGGGGUGUUUGUGUCUAUUCUAAAUCGUCGAUUCAAGUCAAAUGUCUCAAAAACAUAACAAGGAUAUCUGAAUUCGGAUUUCAUCAGCUAUGGAUGCUAAUACAACUCAGGAAACUAAGAUCAAUUCUCCUCUGUGUGACAUAUAGGCCUGAUUAUUGUCCUACUUCAACCUUUCAUGACAUUUUCAUGGAAAAUUAUAUACAUGCUCUCACAUUAGGAAAAGAGAUAAUUGUUGUAGGUGAUUUAAAUUGUGAUUUGCUGAAACCGGAUUCUCCAGAGGCUAUGUCGCUACUAGAUUUUUGUACAAGUGUGAAUCAAACUCAAUUGAUAAAAGAACCUACACGAGUAACAGAAACGUCAUCUUCCCUUAUUGAUAUUAUUAUGACGUCGAAUGUCAGUUUAGUAGAAAAUCAUGGGGUUGCUUUAUCUCACAUUAGUGAUCACUAUCUAAUAUAUGCUUCUUUGAAACUUAAGAUGUUGAAGCCGCCACCUAGUUAUAAAUGUGUGAGAUCCUACAAAAACUACAAACCUGAUAGUUUCCUCGCGGAUUUACAACGAAUACCUUGGUACGAUAUUUCCAUCAUGGAUGAUGCAAAUGUAAUGCUAGACCAUUUCAAUGAGAGGUUUCUCCAUGUACUGGAAACACAUGCACCUGUGAAAACAGUGAGGAUUAAACACCGCAGCUGCCCCUUUAUUAGCACAGAAAUUCGCGAACUUAUGCAAUACAGAAAUAACCUAUUGAAAACGGCUCGAAGUACUAAAUUAACAACAGACUGGGAAAUGUAUCGUAAACUAAGAAAAGAAGUAAAAUCCAAACUGAGAGUUGCCGAAAGGGAAUAUGUACGGAAAGAACCAGAGCACAGUCACAACACUAAUUCAAAGUGGAAGAUAAUUAAGAAUUGUAUUCCUCGUAAAGAAAGCACUCAACAAGUCUACACAAAGGAUGUGAAAGAAGUUGCUAAUGAGUUUAAUCAGUUUUUCACCUCAGUUGGUAGGAGAGUAUCAGAAGAUUGCACAUCUUUAAUAGAAUUAUAUAACCUGCCUGCACCUCCAACAAGUGUUUCGCUGGCUGUCGCUGAGUCACAAAAUUUUAGUUUUGUUCCUGUCUCGUGUGGAGAAGUACGAAGGACAGUUAUGGCAUUCCAAUCGAAUAAAGCUCCUGGCCAUGACAAAGUACGAAUGUCUACGAUAAAGGAUGCACUUCCAUGUAUUCUCCCAGUUAUUACUGACAUGAUAAAUCGCUCGUUACAGACUUCAGUCUUUCCAUCAGCCUGGAAAAUAUCAGAAGUAAUACCACUUCUUAAAGAGGGAGAUCACGAAGUGGCAAAUAACAAUCGACCACUAUCGUUACUACCAGCGACUUCUAAAAUUUGUGAACGAGUAGCUUUAAAUCAACUGACCUCUUAUACGAACAAAAAUAAAUGCCUAAGUAAACAUCAAAGUGGUAAUAAACAACUACAUUCAUGUGAGACUCUUGGCGUGUUUAUGACAGACAAAGUGUUUAAAGCAAUGGACUCAAAAGAACUCACAGUCAUAGUAUUGCUGGAUUUGUCCAAAGCGUUUGACAGUAUUGAUCACCGCAAACUCUUAACAAAGCUAAAAGCAUUAGGCCUAAGCCUUGGCGCCUUAGAAUGGUUCAAAAGUUACUUGACCGGAAGGACGCAGCAGGUGAAGAUUGGCUCAGUUGUGUCAGAACCAGGUCAUAUCACUCAUGGUGUACCGCAAGGUUCGAUAUUAGGACCUGCUUUGUUCAAUAUAUAUUUGAAUGAUUUGCCCGCCAUCCCGAAUUUCGGUGACUUAGAAUCGUACGUAGAUGAUUCAAAAUUGUAUCUUUCGUUUCCCAUCAAGUAUGUUAAUGAAGUUAUGCGGAAUAUCAAUGAAGACCUGUCAAAAAUCACAGCAUGGUGCUGUCACAAUAGUCUACUAAUUAAUCCAGACAAGACCAAAGUGUUAGUACUAGGAACGCACAAAAUGUUGCAACGAUUACCGGAUGACUUUUAUGUGACAUUACUUGAGAAAAAGAUUACUCCCACUAUUUCAGCACGCGAUCUUGGGAUUCAACUUGAUUCAACACUAAGUUUUAACGAACAUAUUGCAAACACUGUUUCUACUUGUAUUGCGAGCUUAUGUCAGAUAAACAGGGUUAAACAUCUUUUUGACCCUAAGAUUUUGGAAAAUGUCAUCUCGUCCCUAGUAUUUUCCAAAUUGUAUUAUUGCUCUAACGUAUGGUCCAGUACGACUAAGAAGAACAUAGAAAAAUUACAAAAAGUGCAAAACUUCGCGGCGAGAAUAAUCACAGGAACACAAAAAUAUGAGCAUAUUACUCCAAUACUCAAACAACUGAAUUGGCUACCUGUCCCAGACAUGUUAAAAUACUUUGUUGGCGUUCUAACGUUCAAAUGUUUGAAUGGACUAUCUCAAUUCCUAUUUUCAGGAGAGAUUAUCUUUACACGAUAGAAACACCAGAAAUAAACAAAAACUAAACAUUCCAGCUUAUAGAUCGGCGGCCGGACAACGAACAUUUGAAUACCGAGCAGUAUCCCUGUGGAACUCUCUACCUAGUAACAUUACUGUAUAUGACAAUUGUAAGUAAUUUUUAUAACUAUCUGCUUGAACUCUUUCUUUUAAAAUCUUAAUGAACUUAUCUAAUUUUAACGAUUUUAAACUGUAAAUAUACAAUAGAAUAAUUUAAAUAUAAUUUACAUGUAUAUUAAUCUGAAAAACCAAAUGUUUGGAGAAUUAAUUAAUUAUAAUAAUAAUAAUAAUAAUAAUAAUAAGUGCUGCUAGAUUGUGGAGAAAACACUGCAAAUUCUUGAGGAAACUUUAUUCAUAUCCCAAUGUUCGCAAUCGAACCUCGCGUACGGCACCACGGGGGUUCAAAAAACUUCCAGAAUACCGCUUGAAGACUGACAAGUUUACAUUAUCUUUUUUUGAAAUAUCAUAUCCAAGUAUCGUUUUGGCUUUUAGAACUCUUUUUAUGCUUUUAACUAAAGCAAAGUUCACACUUUUGUUUAAAAAAAAGUUCCUUAUAAAACAUCACGUUCGUUCGUAUUUUGAAGUCACACGAGUUUUAGUUUACAUAUAUACGAAGAACGUAACUCCCGGAAAUAAAACCCUAGGGAGCCACCUUAAAGUAAAACGUAAUUUAAAAAUUCAGGCAAUAUGACCCCUACCUCCCCCCCCCCCUCCCCAUUGACAAAGUCUUUGUUACAUCCCUAGAAGUCAUUGACACAAAUUACCCCAGAUCUUGUGAAGGUGUAAUUAAUCCUAAAUUUGUAUGCAAAGUUUGAAUUUAAAUUACUAUUAUUAUAAAAUGAAAUAGUACAUAAAAUAAAACCGUACAGCAAAUAUGGACCUUUCCCCUUAUAACUGAAAUUUUGAUCUAGACAAAAAUUUCAUCACAGCUUGAAAGAGCAUCACAGAAUUAGUAAUAUUCCGAAGUUUCGUUGCGAAAUGUUGUAAAAUGCGGAUAAUAUAGCCCUGCGAAAUUUGCAAUGUUCAGUCAUUUUGUAUUACGAACGGGAAAUCGAUGCCCCAACACCCGAUUGGGCUGUCAAUUUCCCAUGCGCAAUACAAAAUGACUGAAAAACGGCAAACUUCGCAAGGCUAUUAUCGCAUUUUACAACAUUUCGCAACGAAACUUUGGAAUAGUUCUAACUUUGCGAUGCUCUUUCAAGCUGUGAUGAAAUUUUUGUCUAGAUCAAAAUUUUAGUUAUAAGGGGAAAGGUCCAUUGAAAAGCAACACAAAUGUUGGAUUUAUGGAAUUUUUACUUUGAAUAACACUAAAAGACCAUGUCAAGUUCGUUCUGCUCGUAACAAAGGGGGACCCACAGAUAUAAACAUUGCAUAUUUCAAUGAUACAAAUUUUGCAUAUUUCAAGAUACAAAUUUUGCAUAUUUCGAACUUUUUUGAAUUGAAACGUACUCUAGUUUAUAUUCAUUUACAAUAGCGAACCAGAAAAGUGUUAGAUAUUCAGUUAGUAUGUAAACAAAGGACUUGACAUGCAUGGUCUUUAAAUUUAGGAAUAAAAUUCAACUUGACGAGAGUAAAACCUAUAUUUAUUUAGGCGAGCGUGGUAAGGAAGCCAAUAAAGCUUCGUACGAAGAUGACGUUGACGAAAUGCUGACGGAACUUUUGAAUGACAACUGCGAGUGGAGCGUACUGAAGAAGGCAACUGAAAAUGCGCAAACAACCCACGCCGGAGUCGACGUCAGAUUGCUCUGCCUAUCCAAGUUGAUUAAAUUUUGUUUAAGGAAAGGUUAUUAUGAAAAAGCGGGUGAGAUGUUCGAGGAAUAUAAGACUAUCUUGCCGCAAUCAGCUAAAGUGGAGGUAUUUAAAGUUAUGGAACAAUAUCUGCACUGCUUCAAGGAAAGAUCACAAGGUAACUACGAGAGAAGUUACGAAAUUGCAGAUCAAUGUUUGAAGAAGUUAGAUGAAAUUCAACCUGGCAUCGUCUCGGCAGCAUUUUUAGUUCUUGAAGCGACUGUUGUCAAUAUUAUCGCAAUGAAGAAAGAGGAUCGAUCUGAAAGGUUUCCCUUGGUUACCAAAGCAAAGGAACUUUACGCAAGAGCUGAACGUCACUUACAAUACGUGCACGGAUUCGAAGUUGCAACAGUGGACCUCAAACAAAAGAUUUACAUGAACGAGGUGAUGCUUUUCUCGGGCAGUUCUCUUGCUGGUAAUAAGCUUGCGGAUCCCGAUGCUUCAGUUAUAAUCAAGGCUGAGGCACAAAAUUGUCUCAACAAAACCUACGAAAUGUUUCCUCUUAGUGAAUUCCGUGACAUCCAACUUAUUCUCGCCCAUUCAGACUUCUUUUAUCGAUACACUAAGUCGGACAAGCCUCUGGCUUUGCGAGAUCGUAUGAAAAAAGCUUUAAAGCUCGCCAAACGAGCUGAACGGUCGGCGAAUGAUGCUGGCCUAUCGGAAAUGAGACGAUAUGCUCAAAAUCGUGUGGAGUUGAUCCAAAAGGAAAUUUGCAAUUACCCGUAA